UUCUAGACUGUAUACAAAGCUGGUAAGGUUGCCACAGUACAAAGUCUCAUCGCCUCGACUAACGGACGUCGGGUGAGCUGCUGUUGGGAGCUGUCGAAAACUCGAAUGCCGCUGGGAGCCGUUUCCAGCACCGACGUCUUCGGAUCGUGUCCUUGUACUAGCUAGUUGUACUGUUGGAGUAGGAUUCCGUUCGUUGGGGCUGCUCCAGCCCGUCUGGGAGCCGACGACCGAAUGUGCGGCGACGGUGUGGCGGUUGACCGCAUGGGGCGCGUACAACAUCUCAUCCGUUCCAUGCCUCUUCUCAGUCGUCGCCGGCAUAAUCCUGCGCCCUCCGUAUCUAUCUUCACCUACAGCUUGCAGCCGUUGACCGCGCAUCCGCCCUCGCCGCUGCACACAGCACACCCCACUCCCUAGCCGGCGGGCCGCUCCUUCCGUCCAUCGCAGCUCCCUCUACGCCGCUCAUGCCUCGACACCAGCAGUCGAUGCCGCCGCCCCGGCGCCGCCAGCAGCCGCAACCUCUGCCCCAGCUGCUGCUCCUGGCAGUGGCAGCGGCGGCCCUGCUGCUGCCGGGUCCGAGUGCGCACGCGGUUUCCAUUGUCGUGCCCAUCCAACCGCCGCGGCUGCCGUCCGUGCCGCGGGUGCGGCUGCGGUCGCCCCCGGGCUCGCCCGCCUCGCCCGUGCCCUCCACUGUGGACAUCAGUGUGGAGCCCGUGGAGCUGCGGCUCUCGCUGGGCGCGGCCGCCGGCGCCGGCACCAACAUUUCGUUGUCCUUCACAACGCCGCGUUACCGGUCCUCGGGCGGCGGGCCCCCUAACCAGCUGCAGCCGCCGGCCCUGGUGCUGGAUGCCGUGUGCGACAGCUUCGGGGUGCGACUCACCAACAACCUGCCGUUCCAGGGCGUGAGCACGUGCCCCUUCUACCCCGGCCAGAACGAGAACGCGCCUCUGUUCGAGAACGGCCCCCACGACCUGGAAUGGACCAACCUGCACACCCACGGCCUUAAGGUGGACCCGGGAGCCGUGUCGCUGAUAAACAUCUGCCAGCCGGGCCAGCCCACCGCCGGCUUCCCCGCCGGCUCCAACACCGACCUCACGGCCUACUACUGCUCCGGCAACACGUCCUCCGCACAGCUGUGCCAGGUGUUUGGCGACAACGUGCUGGCUGGCGGCCGGCCGCUCGUGUCCGCGCCCGUCACCCCCUACGCCAAGCCAGGCGUGGCCCCCGGCGGCGCCACCCUCAGCUACACCUACCCACUGGGCGCAGUGGUGCCGGGCAUGGGCUGGUACCACCCGCACACGCACGGCUCGGUGGGUAUCCAGACGCCCACCGCUGCCGGCCCCCUCCUGGUGCCCGAGUCCUGGCUGCCCGGCGGCUUGUCCAGGCUGUACGAGCCCAGCGACCCCGCCUCGGCCGGCGAGUGCAGCCGCCUCCUGAGCGUUCUGUCCUCGCAGCCGCUGGAGACCAGCACCAUCCUGCAGAUCAACGCGCUGUGGUUCCGCAAGCGCGCGGACGGCAGCUUUGACGACGACUCCAUCCCGUUCCUGGGCGCGGCCCCGGGCGGCACCAAGGUUAGCCCCCUGUUGUACGACGUUUUGCCCGACGGCACCGCAGUGCCCAAGUUCUCCAACCCCGCCGGCCGCGACUGGGCGCUCGUCAACGGCGCCUUCCAGCCCACCAUCUCCCUUGUCGAGCGCAUUUACUCGCGCUGGGAGAUCCUGAGCACCAUUACCAUGAAGUGGCUGGAUCUCACCAUUCAGCAGGUCCUUCCCAGCGGCGCGCUGCAGCCAGCGGACUGCAGUCUCUGGCUGCUGGGCCGUGACGGCGUGCCGCUGCCGCGGGUGCCGCGCCGCCUGCAGUCCGUGCCCGACGCCAGCACCGGCGCGCAGUUCAGCGAUUUGAUCCUGGGACCUGCCAACCGCGCCGACGUCCUGGUCAAGUGCAACACCCCCGGCACCUACGUGCUGGCCUCCGGUGCCGGGCCCUUCCACACCAACUACACUGUCUGCAAGGCCACGCACUGCGAGCUCUUUGGCGACGUGCCCCCUGCCGCCUCCGGCCUGCCGCGCUCCGCCAACAACCUGUACGGCGGCCUGGAGCUGAGCGCAGCCGUACUGGCGGUGGUGCAGGUUAACAGCCGCGGCGCCAACCCCCGGGCCCAGCCGGACUUCACCGACGGCGUGUGCCGCAGCAGGCUGGAGCUGUUCCCCUACCUGGAUUAUCUCAGGUUCCCCACGCCCGCCGUACAGCAGUGCUUCAGCUUCAUGAACCAGCAGGGAGGUGGCUUCUGCUCCAUCAAUUCGCAGCUGUUCCCCACCGCCACCGCCUACGUAGAGCAAGGGACUCAGCAGGUGUGGCAGCUCCGUGACAUCACCUUCCACCCCUUCCACCUGCACGAGACGCCUGUGCGCCUCGUGUCGCUGCCGACCUGCGCCACAAGCGUCACCAACAACUGGGCGGAGGGCGACUGGAUGGAUUCGAUCAACCUGCCCGUGUGCCAGAACGGCUGCAACUGGCUCGACGCGGGCAGCGGCGGCGGUCUGUGCGGAUCGCCGGUUGAGAUAUGCGACGAGGUCACGGUCCAAUGGCUUGCCUCCAUGUUCAACAUGCCCUCCAUGCGCGGCGCCUCCGACCUGUGCGGCGGCCGCGGCGCCGCCGCCGCCCUCACGCCGGCCACCUGCCAGCAGCGCUACUCGGUCUUCCACUGCCACAUCCUGCCCCACGAGGACGAGGGCUGCAUCUGGCCCGUCAAGUGGUUCUGCCCCGGCGACACCAGCGUGCCGCAGCCGUCGGAGGCGCAGUGCCCCAGCGCCUACCCACCCUGCCCGGCGGCGGCCGGCGGCGCGGCGGUCGUUCCGGACAAGACCGUGCGCCGCCGCCGCCUCGGCCGCCGGCUGUAGCUGGCUGCUGGCGGAAGCGGCAGCAGCGGAGGCACGUAGCGGAGGAAGUAAGGCAGCCGAGGCAGUAGCAAUACCUGGUGGCACACGACUCAAGUUUCUCUGCCGGCUCUGAACGUAAGCUAUUCCAUGCCUCCGUCUUGUGCUCCUUAAUGCUGAUCAUUCGAAACUUUGCGCGGAGGUUCCCCCUUGCAAAUGCACAUGAGGUUCGAUGUGAGCUAGCUAUCAUACAUAUGCACAUGAGAUCGGACGUGAGCUAGCACAUAUACUCGUUCUAGCAGGAUGCGCGACAGCAUGGCGCAGCGCGGCGCGGCGCAAGCACUACACGAUGUACCCCAUAUUUACCCUGCCGAGGGGUUGUUAAGUGAUUCUGUGCUGCUUGAUAGUGCUAGGCAUGUGCGGAAGACUUGCUUCCGUCAUGGCGCGUACGGAGGACUCGCUAUUGCUUUACUUCAGCAGAUAGAUGUGGAACGCAUUCAAUCAGAAAGCAGGCUAGGGCGAAAGGGGCAUACUAGGGGCCCCUCAACAGCAGGCGACUUUGUUCUGUUCAGUCCCAUGCACGGGUAGCGCGAACAACACGACAAGCAGGAGGAAUGGCGGCUUGGCGUGCCGCUCCCAGUAAAGCCAAACACGGUACCCCACUCCCCCGCGUAAAGAAGGCAAGCGACCAGUUUCCUCCGGUACUCGCAGGUUUUCCACACCCGGCAUGGUUACGGUGUUGAAAAACACCUUUCGGACCAGCGGUCACUGCACACGUUCUCGUAACCCCAAGCCUUGAGGUUGCGGCCACGACUCCUCGAGACCCA